GGCAAAUUGCUAUUCUUGGGGGUAUAUCCUCUCCAAAAAAUUUUUUUAAUUUUCUUUGUUUUAUGUUGUGCAAUGUGGAUGAUGACGGCCACUUUUUGUGCUUUGCCUGUAUCUUCCACUCAUAGUCAUAUAGGGAGUAUAAUCGGGUUUUCUAUGGUAAUGAGGGGACCUAAAGGAUUGCAUCUGAACAAAGUGUUUUUAAUCAUGGCUUCGUGGAUUGUUUCGCCUAGAGAUUCAUUAAAAUGUGGACUACGCGCAAUGCCGAUAUUCUAUUUUUGCGUGUUUUAUUUUAAUACGUUUAUGGUUGUGUAUCAUGGAUCUAAAUGUAAGAGAAGGAUAUACUCACAAAAAAAUUCUUUUGAAUUAGAAAAUAUUAGGUAAACGGGAGAAUAGUCGGUGGAUUUGAGGUCUUCCACGGGGUUUUAUCCAAUUUUCUGAUAUACUGCCCAAAUUUCCGCUUUGCCAAAAUUUUCCGAAUUUUUCUAAAAAACACACUUAAACCCUGUAGAAAGUAGUAC